UCAUUGUUAGUGAGCGCUUGCAUUUAAACGUCUUGUAACUAGGAAGACUGAAGUGAAGGAUUCUCAGACAAUUUCCUAUUUUGGAGAAAAAAAGGAUCUUUAAAAGAAAUGCCACUCGCCCUGCAGGACAAGCGCUGCCAGAAUAUUCACUCGUCCGGAGCCGAUUUCUACUCGUAAUUACAAGCAGAUGGAGUGUUUGAAUAAGCCUCAUGUCCAUGUUAGAGACCGAGAGCAUGUGGAGAGAAUACUCGCCAAAAUGGUGGCAGAUGGUCCAAACAAACUUCAAGUUUGUUCGGAUUUUGAUAGUACCAUCACCAAUUACAAGGGUGCUUGUACUUACAGUGGUAGCUGACUUCGAUAGGACAUUGACAAAGUUCACACAUAGAGGUCAAGUGUGUGCAACAUGCCAUAAUGUUCUGGAAGAAGGUGGCUUACCUGAAGAGUAUAAGGAGGAGGCUUAUAAGUUGCGAGACAAAUACUUUGUGAUAGAAGUGGAUCCUAACAUGACAAUAGAAGAGAAAACUCCGUACAUGGUGGAAUGGUGGACCAAGGCCCAUGAACUGCUGAUGAAGUACCCACUCUCCAAGGCCAUGCUGCACAACAUGGUUGCCAACUCCUCAGCCAGACUCAGGGAUGGCUGUAUUCGCUUCUUUGACAGUCUCCAUAGUAACGAUAUACCGCUGCUCAUCUUCUCUGCGGGGGUUGGCGACGUCAUACAGGAAGUCAUUGCACAACAAUCAACACUUUAUGACAACAUGCACAUAGUCUCGAAUUUCAUUGAUUUUGAUGAAAAUGGCACGUUGAUAGGCUUCAAAAGUGAUAUCAUUCACGUGUACAACAAGAAUGAAAAUGCUGUGCAUGACUCGGACUACUUCCCCAACCUCAGCCAUCGCACCAACCUCCUCCUGAUGGGCGACUCACUGGGAGACCUGCAGAUGGCCAACGGAGCCGAAUCUCUUGAGGCCAAACUGACCAUAGGGUUCCUUAACACCAGGGUGACUGAAAGCCUAGCGCUGUACAUUAGCAAGUACGACAUCGUGAUAUGUGAAGAUGAAACAAUGGACAUUGUAAACAAUAUUGUUUCAAACAUCUUGGCCUCUGUAUAAAGUCCACAGACUGGAAUAGUCUUUUUUAAAAACUGUCACAGACACAUUAAAAUUUAAUGGAAAAAACAGCACUCUGUAAUCUUCUUAGUCAAAAUCAGUUGUUAACCAGUAUUUUAUUUCCAAAUUAGGUGCACAAAAUUGCAACUUAUUUUAAUCAGAACUUUGCUAUGAAUUGGUGGCACCCUGUCCAUGGUGGAUGUCCCCACAGUCUUAGUUAUCAAGGUGUAUGUGUGAUGUGAUUAGAUGAAUGUGUUCCUACAGCCUUUAUUAGCAGGGCGUUUAUGACCUGAUAUGAGGAAUGUUUUCUCACUACCAAUCACAGUUUCUGUCCGCUGUGUGCAAGAUUGGAAACCCUUGGUAGUCUUGUGAUUAUAUUGCUUUAAAAAACAAUAUAUCUUUUAAUAUUUUAUCAGCAGAACGAUAAUAUUAGGUGCUUUGUUCGUGUUUUUUAGCUCACUUGAACACAAUGUGCUCAUGGUGAUCUUAUGUGAUCGCUUUUUGUCCAUAGUGCGUUGUGCGGCGUUAACAUUUGCCUUGUUAACACUAUAGAGGCCACAUUUAUUGUACAAUCUUCAUGAAAUUUGGUCAGAAGAUUUGUCUCAACGAUAUCAUGGACGAGUUCAAAAAUGGUUUUGGUUGGUUGAAAAACAUGGUCACCGGGCGGUGGGGCAUUUUUCCUUAUAUGGCUUUAGUAAAAACUUUUUAACUGUAUUAAAGAUAUCUUGAACGAGUUCAAAAAUGGUUCCGGUAGCUUGAAAAACAUGGCCGCAAUGGGGCGGGGCAUUUUCCUUAUAUGGCUAUAUAUUGCUUUUGUAAAACCUUGUUAACACUGUAGAGGCCACAUUUAUUGUCUGAUCUAAAUGAAACUUGGUCAGAAGAUUUGUCUCAAUGGUAUCUGGGAAGAGUUUGAAAAUGGUUCCAGCUUGGCGAAAACCAUGGCCGCCAGGGGUCGGGUAUUUUAUCUUUAUAUGGCUAUAGUAAAACCUUGUUAUCACUCUAUAAGUUACAUUCAUUUUCCAAUCUUUUGUUAUAAUGAUAUCUUUGGGCUGUACUGAGUAAGUCAGUUCCUUUGUAUCUCAGGUUAGCGACUUUUUGCUUUUCAAGCCCUCUUGUUUGAUUCUGUUGCAAUCUUCAGUUGUAAAAAUUAAUUUUAAAACAAGUUAUAUAAAUUUCUUUAUGAAUGUUUUAUUGUCCCCUACCGGUGAAACCGGAAGGGACUUAUGGUUUGCACUCCGUGUGUCUGUCAGUCUGUCUGUCAGCUAGUCAGUCCGUCACACUUUUCUGGAUCUUGCGAUAACUUUAAAAGUUCUUAAUAUUUUUUCAUUAAACUUGAAAAAUGGAUAGAUGGCAAUAUGGAGAUUAUGCACGUCAUUUUAUUUUGUGCCUACGUCAAAAAUUCUGGUUGCUAUGGCAACAAAUCAAAAAAAUCUGACAAUGGUGGAGUUUCACCGGUAGGGGACCAUAUUGCUUGGCAAUCUCUUGUUGAUAUUGAAUUAUUUUAAUAUUCCACCUUUGUUGAAGAUGUUUAUAAGACAAAAUUCUGAUGAAGCAAUUAUGAUGUUAAUUUCAAUAAAGAUUAAUUUAUA